AUGUUUGCGCGUCCCCGACCGAAGAAGGGCUUACUUGUGCCGCCGCCGAAAAAACGCAAGGCCCAGCAUUCGAUCGAAGAGAUCAAGUUCGAUAACGAUGCUCGCGCCGAUUACCUCACUGGCUUCCAUAAGCGCAAGUUGCAAAGGAUAAAGAAUGCGCAGGAACAAGCUGCCCAAAGAGCUAGACAGGAAAAGAUUGAGUUGAGAAAGCAGGCAUGUAGAUUACGUGAAGAUCGAAAGAGAGAAGUCGAAGAGCAUGUCCAAAAUGUCAAUGCAAUCCUAAAGCAAGCCCAAGAGGCAGGUUACAUAGGCGGAGAAGGAGAAGAAGAAGCCUCGGACGAUGAAGCAGAUGAAUGGGGAGGAUUUAAGGAUACGCCAGCACUUGAACCUGUGGAUCACGAGGAAGAAUAUAUCGACGAAGAACGAUACACUACGGUCACAGUUGAGUCGGUUAGUGUAUCUAAGGAUGGAUUAUCGAGCAUUAAACCGGAGGAAGACUCGAGUGGGGAGGAUCAAGAAACAGCCAAGCCAGAUUCGAAGAAUGCUCCUCCAGGAACUAAGGAGAAAGCAAAUCCGCCCAAGAAGAAGAAACAUAAAUUCAGAUACGAGUCUAAGGCGGAAAGGCAACUGAAUCAGAGGAAACAGAAAGCAGCCAAGAGUAGAAGGAAACCAAGUUAA